AUGCAUCACCCUCUACCUCCUCUUCACUCUGCGACCUCCUAUUUACAACAACAUGGUGGUCAUCAUCAGGCGCCACCAUCUCCAAGUACACCAUCCUCCUAUCAUCAUCCCCAACAUGGCUAUUAUAACAGCAACAGCAGUAGUAACAAUUAUCAGAGUGCAUAUCAUCAUUCUCCACACCAUCAUCACUCUUCUGCUGUUAAUAGCUCAAUGAAUGGAGGUUCAUCUUCGGUCAUUUAUCAUUCCUCUUCAUCUUCGCUCUAUGGAUCAGAUUUGGUUUCAGGUGCAUCUAGCAGCAAUAACAAUGCAGCAUAUCACCAUUCUCCACACCAUCUCUCACACCACCAAUCAACUCCAACUUCUCACCAUUCCCAUUACCAUCAAAACUCGUAUACCAACAAUAACUAUCAUAAUGCAACCACUACCAGUUCACAGCCAUCCUACAAUUAUGGCAAUACCCAAGACCAUUCAUACAAUUAUCAAACAGGCAAUAACUAUUCAUCUUAUAAUAAUACUAGUGUACCAAUAUCUAACAGUAACAAUGUUCAAACUCCUACUAGGAGAACAACCUAUGAAGAAAAUACUCCUGUUACAGUGAUAUCUUCAGAUGAAGAAGACUCACAAUAUAAAACAAUGAAAACUAGUACUAGUACACCUAAUCUAUCAAAAUCAACACACCACUAUGGUUUACAAUCACCAAAUUUUCAAUCUACACCACCUAGUACUAAUUAUGCACACGAUUUAAAUUCUCCGUCAUCAUCUGCACAUCAACAGCAGCAGUAUCAAACUACCUAUCCAUCUAGUAACAAUACAUCCUCUUCAUAUUAUCAACAUUCAGGAGGAGGAAAUACAGGUGGACCACCAGGUUCGUUGGAAGAUAAGUUUUUGUCGAUGAGGUCAUCUAUCAUGGUAAUACCAAAUUCUUCUAGAAGAUCGCCUUCACCUCCACUACCUUCACCAAGAUUGGCUAAUGAACAUCCAUCAACACCAUCUUCUUCUGUUGCUAAUGCAACAACACCUUCCUCUUAUACCCAACCUUUGGCUACCUCCACACCACCAUCAACGUAUGCAGAACCAUCUAAACCUGCAUUUAGUGAACCUCUCAAAACAAAUUCAAGGAAAGCACUGGAUGAAAUGAUGAUGAGGUUACAGAGGGAAAAGGAAUCUCUUCAGCAGUUCAGAACAACAUCAGAUUAUAGCUAUCCUUCCAGUUACCCUUCCACAACUGCUACAACCUAUAACGCACCUCCUACAUAUUCACAUGAUUCAUAUAAUUAUACCAAUUCAUCAACAUAUCCAUCUCCUCACUAUUCCAGUUACGCUUCCAAGUACGAUGAGAGGUACAGAGGUAAUUCAUAUUAUCAAGAUGAGUAUAAUACUCCAACACCUCCACAUAGUUCACAUUCUUAUCACUCUCCAUAUGUUUCUGAUCCAUAUUAUAGAAAUCCUAAAUAUCCUCCAAUGUACGCACAAAGUAGUGAAACCAUCUCAGAUGAUGCUCAUAAUGUGAGGUCAACAUCUCCUACUAAUCACAUAAAUGGAGCUAGUGAUAAGAAGAAACAUCAUGUACCACCUCCAAACAAUACUAGUAGUGGCAACAGGAAAAAACCACCAACAGUUACAAAGAAACCUAAACACAAAAUUCCUCCACCUCCAAGUUCAACUGCAAAUGUUCCUCUACCAACCCCAAAUUCCAAUACACCAACAGGUUCUGAUAAAAAAAUCAAGCUGCCACCAAAACCAAAAAGAAAAGAUUCAGAACCUCUAGAUAACAAUGAGAAAAGUCCAAAGACUAAUUUGAACCUUAGAGUUAGAACAAGCAAACAAAAGAAAAGACAGCAAGAUGCUGUUAGAAUGUUGAAACAGGACGAUAGUGACAAUGAGAUUAUUGAAAUGGAAGAUGAAAAACAAGACACAUACCAACCAAAAUCCACUAAAAGUGAUGACGAUAAAUCUAAGGAUGUAGAACUUGACGAAAAAGAAAAUGAGAUUGGUGACAACUUUGUUUUUUCACGUUCCUCCAUGCUUUUACUUUCUGAUGCAGCUGAUAUGACAACCAAAUGUACCGACUAUAUCAAUUAUGAACUUGAGAAGAAGGGAUUGUCUAUUGAGUUAACAUCUGAAGAGCAAGAAAUUAUUGAUCUAGCAGUGUAUAACAUUGUUACUGAAUCCAAAAAACCAAACUUUGUCAAAACUCCAGUUGCCUCAACCAGAAAACCGCACAAAAAAUUCCUUAAAUUUUCUGCAGACAAUAUUAACUCAUCAAUAACUGUCAAUGAUUCAGGAGAGUCAAUCAAAAAAGGUUUAUUGAAGAAAGGACCUGGACUUGAUGUUUAUGAAAUCGUUUGUGCUGCUAAACUUGACAAAAUUAAUGAGGAUGAUAUCAAGAAAGAAUGCGAAGGCAAUCACAUGCUUGGCGAAGUAGAAUAUAGUGACAGUGAAGACGAACCAAAGGGUGUUAAUUUGAGAUCUGAUAAUACUGGCCUUAAAUCUAUUUUGGGUUUAAUUGAAAAUGGUGCAGCAUCAACUCUAAAAUCUAAUGAAUCUCUAUUCAGUGCUAACAUUGAAAAGGUUUUGGAAAUGUAUUCCUUAAAGAGGAAAUCUAUUACAAAAGACGUCAAGCUUUUUGAAAAACUUAAACCUGCAAACUUGUACACCACAACUGGUGAACCAAGAGUUGAGCCAUCACCAAAAAAGAAAUCUUCACCAAAACGAUCAGCUCCAGAACCUAAGAAAAAGGAAGAUGAUCAAAAAUCUAAAAAGAGAAAAUUUGAUGUGUUAAAGAAAUAUAACACCAGAAAUGGAAAUUCAGAUUAUGAAGAAGAAUCUGAUGAAUCAUCAGACCACUAUCCAUCAUCAUGCACUCGGAUAACUAAGUCUUCUAAUACUGGUUCCAAUAGUAAAAGGAAGAAGAGAAAUUCUGUUACUUCCAGUGAUGAAAGGGAAAUUAUCAUUAUUUCAUCUAGUGAUGAAUCAGAUCAAGAAUCAAAAACUCUCACAAGUAAAAAUCCAGAAGAAGAAUCUGAAUAA